AUGGAAGACAGAGAAAGUUUUCAUAGCGACUUAGCUGACGCAUUUAGGAAGGGAAUGUACUCAGAUAUUCAAGUGAAGCCUAGCAGUGGUCCUUCUAUACGGGCUUAUAGAAUUUUGCUGGCAACAAGAUCUAUAAUAUUGAAGAACAUGCUAGAAUCGGAUUCGUGCAAGAUUGCACCAGAAGAGUACAUCAAUCUCCCGGAUUUCAAUCAUGAAGAACUUGAAACCUUUUUGGAGUUCCUUUACCAUGGAGACUUGCCUACAGAAAAGUUUCAGAAACAUUGUUUCUCCCUGUUAAAAGCAGCCGAUAAAUAUGAUAUUUUGCAUUUGCAAAAGUUUUCUGAGCAACAGCUUGUUAAAGUAUUAAACUCGGCGAAUGCACUCGAAAUAUUAGAAAUCUCGGAUGUUGUCUCGAACGAGAAAAUAAAACUUGCUGCCUUGAAACUAAUAGUGCAACAGUUCGAAGAAAUAUCUCUCACACCUAGUUUCGAAGAGUUUGCAAAAAAGAACUCAGGUUUGAUGAUACAGACCACCAGGGCCGCUGUUACUCAUUCCAGAGAGAAGAGAAUUAACAUGAAAUGA